AUACAAUACCUAUUAUGGUAUCAGAGCCUUAGGGCGAUAAAACUCCAACCGAUCAACUUCUCUACGCAUCCCCAAAGUCACCAUGACAGGCGGUCGCAGAACAAAGUACGAAGAAGAAGACUCAGCGGCCUGAAAUAUAAUUACUCCAUAGAGGCGUACAAUUUCUCCAUACGAUCUGACAUCAAGUGAUAAUCCAGGGAGUAUUAUUACUCAAGUUCAACUAAGAGGAGACAACUAUGAGGAAUGGGCUAGAGCAAUUCGCAUGGCACUCCGGGCGAGAAAGAAAUUCGGCUUUGUGGACCGUUCAAUACCACAGCCCGAAGAAGACUCACCUGACUAUGAAGAUUGGUGGACCAAUAAUUCACUUUUGGUGUCUUGGAUUCGAAACACGAUUGAACCCACACUUCGUUCGAGUAUUUCUUACAUUGAGAUGGCGAGCGCACUUUGGGAUGAUAUCAAGUCUCAAUUUUCGGUUGUUAAUGGCCCAAAAAAAUCAGCAACUGAAAAGAGAAUUGGCUGACUGUAAGCAGCGAGGUAUGAAAAUGGUGGCAUAUUAUGGAAAGCUUAAGAAAAUCUGGGAUGACUUUAAUGAUCUUGAUCAGUUUCCAACGUGUACGUGUGGUAAGUGCACGUGUGAUUUGUCCGCAAGAAUAGAAAAGAAACGGGACGAGGAAAAGGUUCAUCAAUUGCUUAUGGGACUCGAUGAAAAGAGUUAUGGUGUGGUUAGGUCAAACUUGCUGACUCAAGAGCCUCUACCUUCAGUAGGACGAGUGUAUGCUGUACUCACACAGGAUGAAAGCUCAAGAAAUUAUUCCAGAACUCAAAAGGACCGUGGAGAAAUCACAAGCUUUGCUGCCCAGGUUGUGCCUCGUGAGAAAGGGCGUGAAAUGAAGGAUCGUGAGUGUAACACUCUCUGUACUAAUUGUCGUAAGCCUGGGCAUGAGAUAGAUAACUGCUUCCAGCUUAUUGGGUAUCCCGAAUGGUGGCCUAAACGCACUAAGUUGACUGGACGAGGCAAUGGUCGUCCAAAAAAAGGAGGGGCUGGACGCGGAAGGGGAACUACAGUUGGAAGAGGCCGUGGCUCUUUUGCUGCUAAUGUUGUUGUUGGGUCUUCUACAGGUGUUCGAGAUGCAGUAAUGACUGAUGCUGACCGGACUGAUUUCUCAGGCUUGAAUGACGAACAGUGGCAAACUUUAUUGAAUCUACUGAGUGCUGCCAAAUCUAAUCCUACAGAAAAGCUCUCAGUUUGCCGAAUGGAGAACAAAUUUACGCUACUAAGGAGGGAACCGUUGAAGUAACUCCAGCCUUAACCCUUGACAGAGUUAUUUUUGUUCCCAACUUGAAUUGUAACUUGAUUUCCGUAUCUCAGUUGAUUGCACAAUCCGGAAGUCUCGUACAUUUCACCGGAUCUAUUUGUAUAUUACAGGACCACACUACGAAGACAGUGAUUGGUGUGGGUGAACGAAUUGGAGGCCUCUAUUAUAUACGACAACAUGUUUUUGCUGCACCAGUUUCAUUGAAGGAGGAUCAAUUUGAGUUGUGGCAUCGAUGCCUUGGUCACCCGUCUAUGAAGAUAGUGGAAUUAGUUCCUCAAGCUGCCAGACAUAGGACUAAGAACUCUCCCAUAUGUGAUGUUUGUAUGCGUGCUAAACAUAGUCGCAGUAGUUUCCCUCAAAGUACAAAUAAAACCUCUGGUAUUUUUGACCUUGUUCAUGUUGAUUUAUGGGGUCCGUAUUGAACACCUAGUUUUUCUGAUUGCCGGUACUUCUUGACAAUUGUUGACGAUUUCUCUCGUGCAACUUGGAUUUAUUUAUUACAUGAUAAAU